AUGAUAUGUAAAUAUGAAAUAAGCAACAACUUUUCAUAUGACUCGAAAUCGCCUACCCCUGAUACUGAAUACUAUAAUAAUCAAGUCUACGAAAAAUUUGGGUAUUACUGGGAGAGUCAGAAAUAUAACAAAUCGUACUUCGAUAGAGAGAUAAAUAAGAGUUUCAAAUACUAUGACUCAUCUGGGAUUUUUAAGUUUUUGUUUUUUAACUGGGUUACUAACUGGGCAUACUCGUUAUCCAAGUCAUAUAUCGAGCCAUAUAAACUACACCCAUUGCCGAUUAAUGAUCAAAUACUCUAUUGGCAACCAAUCUUCUCCAAACAUGUUAGUGAUGGGAUUGUAAUGCUUGAAUCCCAUGGAUAUAUUGGCCCGAACGGUAGAAAAUAUGUAAAACCAGUAAAAUCUGUUUUACUACGCGCACUGUUCCUAACAUUUUGGAAAAGAACAUUGGUUGUGCUUCUGUCAGUUGUGACAACAAACAUACUGAGUAUGAAUAUCGCAAUCCUAGUAAAAUACGUCCUAAAACUAUUGAACAGGAAAUCAUUUAACCUACUCAAGAUACUUUUUCUACUAUCCACAAUUCUGUUCUUGCAGAUUGUCGAUGGAUUGUGUAUUGAAAACUUGACUUAUUAUAUGUAUAGACUUGUUCAUAUCAUACAAUACUCAAUUUCAAUCACGGUGUUUCAACACGGCCUGUGUUACAGAAGAUGCUUCUUUAAUAAUGUCAACGGAACCAAUGCACUUAAUGUUUGUAAUAGCGUUUUACAUAGUUGCGAUCCAGAUUCCAAAUGCUCCGAGAAUCCACACUUUUGCUCUAGUAGCCGUUUCCAAAAUAAGGAAAUCACCCCUAGGAUGUUUUCAUUUGAAUUUAUUGAUUCUUAUUAUAUUUCGCUCUUCUGUGAAUCUAUUGUGUAUACUUUUAAUUUUUUUUCAAACUUCAUAUACGGAGUAAUUUUAAUAUCAUUCCAAAUGAAAGUUAAUAUGUGGGUAUUGUUCGGAGUUGGAGUGCUCUUUAUAUUUCUAAUGGUCGUUGUAGAAAUCAUGAACACAUUUGUUUUGGAUGCUAUUUAUAAAAUCAAGGACUAUAGAAUUGCAAAGUCAAUCGAAAUAAUAUCUGCACUCCCCAUCAUUAAUAAAAUACUCUACGAUGAUAUCGCAAUCAACGUCAUCACAGAAUGUAGGAAUAGAGAACUCACUCUAAUUGUUAUUAGGGUUUUCCUGACAUUUUUAAAUAAGUCGUUAUAUGUAAUAUGUAAUAGUUUGUCUUUUUAUAUCCUGAUAAGGUAUUUUGUAAAAACAAUAAACGGUGUUGAGAUUGUCACGGACAUUGAUACUGAGGGAUUUCUGUCUACAUUUUACAUAUUUUUUAAGAUUAUAGAUUCAUUAAACAUAAUCCCUCAUUCAAUUAAAAGGUUCGUAACGGCAUAUACUUCGUAUCACAGAGUUAGCAAGUUCAUUAAUAACUCAUCACCAAAUUUUUACAUUCGUGAUAAUAAAUUCACUGGACCAACUGAAAUGGUUUAUGAAGUGCCAAAUGUAACUAGUGAACUUGAUAAGGAUGUUGUUGUGCUAUAUAAAGAUGCCUCAUUCAGUUGGGUACAUAAUAGGAAGGACCUUGACAGUUUAAAAUAUCAAGCAUAUCUACAAAACAUAAACUUUCAGCUCAAAAGGGGUGAAAUAGCAAUAAUAAGUGGUAAUCAGGGUUGUGGUAAAUCCAACUUCAUAAAGUCAGUACUAGGUGAGAUGACACUGAUUGAAGGUUCAAUGGCAGUGGUUCCUCUCCACACAUCUAUGCCUAUAUUUUAUGCGUCCCAAGAUAUAUGGUUGCAACAGGGAACCAUUAGAUCAAACAUAACGUUUGGGCAUAAAUUCGAUGAAAAAAUUUAUAAAGAUGUUCUAAAAGCUGUUGAACUCGAGACAGAUAUAUCAUCCUGGGAGAAAGGUGACCUUAGGGUAGUCUCUAAUUACGCCUAUUGUCUAAGUGGAGGCCAGAGAGUUAGGAUGGAAAUGGCCAGAGCCAUCUAUGCAUAUCUUGUAUUUAGUAAAGUUAACAGGGAAUAUAACAGAGGUCAAUGUGCCUUCCUUAUGUGUCUUGAUUCACCAUUCCAUGGGUUAGAUCCAUUCGUAUCAAGAAAUGUAUUCAACAACUUGUUUAAUCUGAAGACUGGUUUACUUAUUAAGGAUGAUUUAGCUGUUAUCAUGUCAUCAUCACUGUUGGUUCUUGAUAAAUGUAUCAGAACCUCAGACUUAAACAAGUUCCCCAAUAUCCCUAUAUACGAUGUAAACAAAAAUGCUUUUGAAUUCAACUGUUACUUGCAGGAUGUUUACUCUGAAAAAUUACCCUCGGACAACUUUAACUACUUUACAUCAAUAACCAGCCCAAACCAUAUGAACUUCUUCAGCAAGGACAUGUUAAAGUUUUGUUUUUCAGGGUCUAACACGAGGAUAGGCAGACCAGCAGUUACAAAGUUGUUGUAUGAACAUUCAUUUAACGCAAUUGUAAAAAAUGACUACGCCGGAGAUAAAUUCAAUCCGUAUUUAUUGUAUUUUAAAGCAGCAGGACUCACAUUUCUAUUUUUCAUAGUUCUAACACUUGUGUCAAGUGUUAUGGAUAACGUUAAGUUCAUCCUGGCAACAAACCUUUCAGACUACAUAACCAAAUGUGCAACAGAAUACCAUGAAGGAACUGCACCAGAUUUAGAAGCAAUCAAAUCGAGCAGUAACUCUUUAUUGCAUUUUUUCCUUAUUUUCAUCUGUUCCAUAAUUAUCCUGUCACUAACGUCGUCCGUAUUUCUGUCACUGUCCUGUAUAUACUCCUCUCGUAAAAUCCACGAAUACUGUAUCAGAUCCGUUUUCAAAAACAGCUCUACAGUUAUCAAGAUCAAAAAGUUCACGUCCCAAGUUGUAACAUAUCUUUCUUCAGACAUAUUCCAAAUUGACGAAGGACUCGGCUAUGUCGUCUCCUCAUCAUUCAUCACCCUAAUAGAAUUGUUCAUUCAUCUAGCAACGCUUUUCUACCUGGUUCCAAUAUCAAUUCCAAUCAUUUCGGUCGCCCUGUACUUAAUUUACAUGCUUUUCAUUAACCAUUACGUGAGGUCAUCCAAAUACCUUCAGAUGGGAUCCUUGGAAUCAAUGGGACAUAUUAAUACAGUAUGCGAAAAUGCAAUAUCAGGCUCACCAAUCUGCAGAAGCUUUAAAAGAGAGUGGGAAUUCAUGCAUAAUCUAAUUGAACAUACAGACUACUAUAUGAGGUGUAGAUUUCUGAAUAAGUCCCUGAUAUCAUGGACCUCAAUACUCUCCAAUUGGUCGUUUUCCUUAACAACAUUUGCAACACUCAUCAUUCCAAUAUUGUUCGAUAAUUUCUCAAAAUAUAAAAUGAAAAUCGGGUAUUUCGGACUAGCAUUGUCGCUUAGCAUGAACGCCAUUAAAACAUUCAACACGUUUGCAACAAGCAUGGCAAGACUAGAGAUUUAUAUGUGCUCAGUCAGAAGGUUUCAACUGUUCAUUCCGCCAGGAACCAAGUGUGUGUUUGAAAAGAAGAUAAAUAUUCAUGAAGAGGAUUUAGUUGUCAAUUCAUCAUGUACCGACGUCGUUGCCGAAAAGAAGAGAGUGCUGAAGAGGAGAGUAAACGAGUUCAAGUGUAAUAAUAAGAAUGUACUAUUGAAGCUUGGUUUUAGACCAAAAAUUAACAUUAUAGACAUUAUGAAGUAUCUUCCUCCAGAGCAUACCGGUGUAGUUCUGAAGGACGUUUGUGUGUAUACAACACCUCAGAUGAACAUCGAGGGCCGUAUCCUCAACAUCGAUGCCGCAGCUCAACGUUCUGACAUCAUUGGUUUAAUUGGUAGAACUGGAGCUGGUAAGACGACGCUGUUAUCUGUUCUACAAAAUACGAUAAGGAACAGAACAGGCCAAGUAUUGCUGGAUGGCAUUGAUUUAAAAGAAAUUCCAAGAAGUGCCCUGAGACAGAUUAUUGGUGUUCUUCCCCAACUUCCAUUUGUUUUCAAGGGUUGGACCAUCCGAAGGUUCUUGGAUCCCAGGAAGCUGUUCAGUGAUGAUGAGAUCAAUGAGGCUUUGGACGACUGCGGUCUUCUUGACUUCGUUAAUAACCUUCAGGGUGGCAAAAGACUCGAUUCUGUGAUCAUCGCAGAAGAUAUCCUCGUGGAAUCUAAAGAAGAAGAGUCUUCUACAAGAAAAACUAAUACCUCCCUGUCAUUCAAGUCGGAAACGCGACUAACAAUGGAUUCGCUCAAAUAUUAUUACGACGAGUCCGAUAUGUUAUUAUCUAGUAGCCAAUUAAGAACUCUGGCCUUUGCAAACCUUGUUCUGUAUCGAACAUUUUACAGGAUGAUAUUAAUAGAUGAACCCCCAUCUGACAACUGCGCACUCCAAGAUCGUUUUAAUCAUGAUCUCGGAGUUCCAAUUUAUGAAUUAAUCCAAAAAUACUUUAAUCAUUGUUGUACAUUUAUCGCAGCUCAUGAGGCGAACGUUUUGAGAAUGUGUACUUCUGUGUGGGUAAUACACAGUGGGUCGAUCAUAAGGACGGUCAAGGUUGAGGAAAUUUCAGCCAAUGAAUCAAUUUCAAAUAUAAUUGAACAAAGUGUAAAUAACAAAGUAAUGUAG